AUGGCUGUCACCUUGAGAAGUAGUAAGAUUUUGAAAGAAAAAGAACCCAUGAGUGAAAAAGAGAGUGAUAAAAAAGUGGAGCAAGUGCCUAAAGAGAAUUCUAGUGAUCAAAACCUCACUUCCUCUACAAUUAAUAUUCCUUUUGCAGAAGCACUUGCUAAUAUGUCAUCUUAUGCCAAGUACAUUAAGGAAAUUGUGUCUAAUAAAAAGAAACUGGAAGAGUUUGCUACUGUGCAUCUAAAUGAGGAGUGUAGUGCUAUUCUACAAAGCAAAUUACCUCCUAAGCUAAUGGAUCCAGGAAGUUUUUCUAUUCCUUGCACUAUUGGUAAUACUGUAAUUGAUAAAUGCUUAUGUGAUCUAGGUGCCAGUAUUAACCUUAUGCCUUUAACUCUUUUCGAGAAGUUAGAAAUAGCUGAAAUGAAGCCAACAACAAUCUCUCUUCAACUUGCUGAUAGAUCAGUCAAGUACCCGCUUGGAGUAGUGGAGGAUAUAUUGGUAAAAGUUGGUAAAUUUUAUUUUCCUGCUGAUUUUCUGAUUCUUGAUAUGGGUAGUGAUACAGAUAUAUCUCUUAUACUUGGGAAAUUGAAGUCUAGAUGGUUUUUCCCUUUCAUGGUGACUAAAGUUUAUUCGUAUAAGGCCAUAGAGAUUGAAAGAGAUAAAAAGAGACCAUUCAUGGUUGCUUUACCAAAAGGCAGUCCCGGAAGAAACUGGCAAUUAACAGGGAAGUUUCCUGUUUAUUUCAUUUUCUCAUACCUGCUUUCUUAUUUAACAUUGAGGACAAUGUUGAGUUUGAGUGUGGGGAAGGGAAAGUAG